GCCGAUGGCCAAACACAAACAAGUUGUUAAAUUAUUUAAAUUUUAAAACUCUUAACAUUUUUAAAUUUGAUAUUUUCCCACAAAAUACUAAAAACAAACUAUGACAAAAUGAGUGUUGAUUGCAUUUAUAAUAAUCUCCGUCAAAAACUCGACGUCCUUGGCUAUACUCAACCACUUCCAUUGGCAGCAAUAACACUUGUUGGAGCACUUUUCGAGGACCUUGUUAAGACCACCGAGAGUUUGCGCGAUUCAAAACUAAAAAUAUGUAAUUUACUCGAGGAAAAAUCGUGUUGGGAACUUGAUGUCGAACCGUACAAAUGUGAUAAUUCUCGCCUAUUGGCAGAGUGUAAUCAACUACACUUGGAAUUAAUAAAACAAAAAGAAGAUUCCGAGGAAAAGAUUUGUGAUUUAAAUCAAAGAAUAAGAAAUCUGGAAUGCGACAAAAACUAUCUAGAUGAACACUGUCAACAUUUGCAAGCACAAAUCAAAGCAUUUAUUCUCAAGAGUAUCGAUUCGAACUCAGUGAAAAAUAACAAGAACGGAGUCAACAUGAAUAAAAAGCCUUUCGUAAGCACUGUCCGCUCUGGCGAGUUUAUUCCGAAUGCAUUUUCCGAGAAUGCAUCGAUUAAAUGCACAAAAUGCAGUGUAGGCUUCUGCAAACAAUUUUCAGCUGGCUCUGCAAAUCCAUCGGCACCAGAAGUACAAAUGGAAAAAUUGGAAAACAACAUCAAAGAUCUCAAUGACCAAGUAGCUUUCUACAAGAAAAAAAUUGAAUCACGAGAUAGAGAAAUCCGUCGUUUGAACGAAUUGCUUGCUGGUGGACGCCCACCUGCAGCCCUAGCCAAAGAUUGCUGCUACAAAGAUAUCGGAACUCUUUCGGAAGAUGUUGAAUUGUUGCAAAGAGAAAAAUCAGAGAGUCUCUGCAAGAUACGUGAGUAUCAAGAUAAAAUGCAUGAGGCCAUGCAACGAGCAAUGGAUUUGGAGGGCAAAAAUAAGAAACUUCAGCGAGAAUUGGAUGAGUUAAAGGAAGCUGCCUUAGCUAUAGAGAGCCAAGCAAACACCGAGAUUGCUGAACGUGAAAAGGAAAUCGAAGAUUUGAAAGCAGAUUUGCAAAGAUUGAAGGAUAAAUUUGAAACAAGGGAUUUUUCUUCAGCUCCUUCGAAGUCAUCAGCUGAAGAGAAAAGAAUAUUUAACGAACGAUUAAACGAACUCACUCAAAGAGAGUCGGAACUUGAACUCGAAAACGAAAAGUUAAUGAAAAAGAACCAUAAACUUAAAUGCAGGCUUACCUCUUGUCAAAAAGAAAAUGUUUAUAAAAAUGUUCAGGACGAUCAUAAGUGCGUAGACGAAGAGCGAAUUCGUUUGAAAUCCGAAAGAGAUUUCUUCCAAAAGGAAUAUCUGCGAAUGCUCGGUAAAGCAGGAUCCGAUAAGGAAAUUGAAUUCCUUCAAUCUCAAGUAAAAUCCAAAGACGAUGAACUUCGUCUUCUACGUUCGGAAUUGUGUGUCCGACAGCAGCAUCCAAGUGCACGAUCGGAUAAGUCUUCCAAUAGUGAAUGUGUCCAAGCGAUAGUAAUUCGCGCUGAACGUGAACGGGACGUAGUCAAAGUGGAAUUGGAGCGAAUACGUAAUGAACGUGAUACUCUGCGUGAAAAAUUACAAAGCUUUACACUACUUCAAGCCGACAGUAGUCAAAAAUAUCAGGAGAAAAUUCAUGAACUUACAAAUAAAAUAACCGCUUUGGAAUGUGAUAAUCGUGAUUUGAAUUCAGCACGUGUUCCAUCACAAACACAAAUAGUUCUUCUGAAAGAAGAAAUCGAUGGACUUAAGAAGAAGCUGUUUGAACUGCAAGAAGAGAAUUGUAAACUUAAAUCUAGCCAGAAUCAGUUGAGAUUGCUUCAGGACCAAACCGAACGAGCACUUUCCGAAUACCAAAAUAAAUUAGCUGCUGCUGAGGCCCAACUCGAAUCUGCUGAAAGUCAACUUAAUAACUACGGGACCAAUCGAGAUGCAUCUCGAAAUGAGAUUGAAACGCUUAAGAAUGAAAUAGCUUCUCUCAAGUCAACUUAUGUCAAAAUGGAAAAUGAAAAGGAUAAGAUUGUUGCUGAGCUCGAUGCAAAAACAGAAAAAGUCUAUCAACUUGAAUUCGAUUUAAAGGCUACAAAAGAUAAACGAAAUGAUCUGGAAAGACAAGUUAAAGAACUAGAAAGAAAACUCGAGUUUCUUUCAACCCAAAGCCUCAAGCGAGAUUCGGAAUUGCAAGAUACCUCAACUGAAAGUAAAUCUUUACGCCAACAACUUGCCGCAUUAAAAUCAAGUCGUGAACAAGCAAUCGAAGAAAAUGGCCGCCUGUCAAAUGAUUUGGCCGAAAGUCAAGCUGAUAUCGCGACACUCAAGCGCCGCCUCAAAGACUCUGAAGUUGAAAUUGAACGCCUUAAGCAACAAUUGAAACAAUAUGUACAGGAAGUUAAAAAAGCCGAAGAUCUGCUAUUACACAAGGAAAAAGAGCGCGAAGAAAUGUUGGAUCAUUAUCGUAGCCUAUCGCAUGAUGCUGUACUAUUAGAGGGCAAUAAUCAAAGCCUUGAAGUUGAAGCAGCUGAAUGCAAACGACAGCUAUGUGAAGCCGAAGAUGAAAUUGCAGCGCUUAAGAAGGAACUUGCAACGCGUAAAGAUAUCAUUGACAAGCUUGAAGCACAGAUUGACACUCUUAAGACACAGAACACAUUUUUGGAAAAUCAAAUUGAAGAAGCUUAUGAUGAGCAACAGCUUCUUAAGGUAGAUUUGGCCGCUCGAAAGGAACUAUGUGACAAAUUAGAUAUUCAACGAGACAAGCUGAAUGCGGAAGUCUUCGAACUAAAUAAAAUUCGAAAAAAGCUUGAGCGGGACAACGAGAAGCUAAGAGCUGAAAAUGAUCGAACAUUAAACGGUACAAAAGCCACAGCUGAUACGUUCGAAGACUUACUUAGUAAAACCCGCAGAGAACUCGAAGAGCAAAUAAAGGUUGAUAGUCGACUUAGUCAAGAACUAAUUCGAAUGAAGGAAAGAAAUGAAGAUUUGUUGCAACAACUUAAAGAAGAACGUGAUAAAAGGCGUCAACAUGAAAACUUAGCACGCGAGUAUGACGUUCAGGUCAAGGAGCUAAGACACAAUAUUACUGAUGAAAGAUUUCGACAAGCCAGGAGCAGAGAAGAAAGUCCCAAGUUUACAACAAUGUGAAAUUAUUUUCUGUUCUGGAAGCAUUUUUCAAUUUAUUCAUUCCAUUUGAUUUUAUUUCAAGAGUUAUAUAAAUGAUGUUAAAAUCUUUAGAAAAUUAAGAAUAAUUUUAAAUAGAAUCACUUAA